CAGGCCCAUCUCCACCGUCCCCUCCCCGCCGAUCACGUGGCCUCGCCGCGGACAAAACGCUUGCACGGGCCCCGAAGCCCCGCAUCCAAAUCACGCAGCACGCCACCACUGACACAGAAAGAGAGAGAGAGAGAGAGGGUGGGAGGCGGCGGCAAUGGCGACGCUGCCGCAGCGGUUCAAGCUGCUGGCGACGCGGUGCGCGGCGGGGGAGCCGAGCCCGUCCAGGAGCCCCGCGCCGGCCUACGCGGCCGGGGCCGCAAGCCCGGGGUACCGCCUGCGCCGCCGGGCCCGUGGAGGCGCGGGGACCAGCGCCAGCGCUAGGCGCCGCGGACGCCUGCGCCGCUUCCUCUGCCGCCGUGGCGGCGGGGGCGAGCCCCUGGCGGCCGCGCGGUGGGAGGAUGAGGACGGCGACGUCAGGAGGCCGCUGUUCGGCGGGGUUCGGGCGGGCGGCGGAGGGGGCCGCACGCUGCGGGAUCUGUUCGUGGCGUCCCCGGAGGCCGGGCGCCGCCGCGGGGGCUGCAGCUGCGACUGCGGCGGCGGCGAGGAGGACGAGGAAGAUGGCGGCGGCGGCGGGAGCGCGGGCGCGGAUCCUGGCGGCGGCGGCGCGUGGCGGGGGAGCCGCAGGUUCGGCUCCGGCGGGCUGCGGAGCCUGCUGCUGCGGCGGAGCUGGCGGCCGGUGCUGGUGGCCAUCCCGGAGGCGGACGGCGGCAAGAUGGAGCUCGGCGCCAUCGAGGAAUGAAUGGGGGAACCGUACUGAACGAACGACUGGAGGCUGGGAACGGAUGGGGGGAUCGGAUUCUCGCGUCGUCGUCUUCCUCCCGCAUCUAUCUCUUCUUGAUUUUCUGUGCUCCUCUCCUGACUUGUGGUUCUUGGCUUCACCUUCCUGUUGGCGACUGUCGCUGUGAAUAUGAUGCGAUUGAAACGCCGAAUUACCUGCCAUGGCACGGGUAGCACCCCAUUACUGUGAUCUGCUCUGAAGAGGGAAUGGCUCAAUUCAGUUGCAAUG